UACACUUCCUCCAUUUCCUGUUGUGGUCAAGGAGUUGGAUAGAGGAGUCCUCUGGUCCAGAAUGUGACUUAAAUAUUGCGGUGGCAAUGUGCACGAAUGACUUUACUUUUGACUACGAAGCUGUUGCACACAAUAGAGUCGCAUAAUAUGGGCCUCGGGGAUGGCAGGUGUUUUAUGCUGUUUGCACCUGAUGUUGUGACGCGUCUGUUCAUAUUCCCUUGACAACCGCGGAUCGGAUAGAUAGGCUACCAAUAACCAGGGGCCAUCAUGCCCAUCACAUUGCUGUGGGCCGUGGAUGUGUAUGGCAGGGUAUACAGCCUUUCCACAGCUGGCCAGCGCUGGGAGCGUGCUGAUGACACGUUACUAGAGCUGAAGCGCGUCACAGCUGGGAAGGGGCACUGCUGGGGCAUUGGCUGUGACCACCAUGUUUACCUCAACAUAAUGCCCAGUGAGACUCCCAUCCGCUACCGAGAGGAAACCUAUGAAAAUCAGAGGUGGAACCCAGUGGAUGGCUUCACUGACACACUGCUGCCCACCGACCGCUGGCCGUGGAGCGACGUGACUGGGAUGAAUCCUCAACCACUCCACAGCUUCCAGUUGCCCUCUCGCAGCUGGGAGUGGGAAGGUGACUGGUAUGUGGAUCAGAGCUGUGGAGGAGAACCCAGCCAGACCGGGGGCUGGGAGUAUGCAGUCGAUUUUCCUGCCAACUUCUCUCCAGAUAAGAAGUGGAACUCCUGUGUUCGUCGUAGGCGCUGGAUUCGUUACAGAAGAUACAUUGCACAAGGCACCUGGGCAAAGAUCCCCUUGGACAGUCCCAGGAAACCUCCAUUGCCACUCUGUGACAUCAGCUGUGGUGGCUGGGAGAUGAGCGACCAGUCUGGAAGGUAUCCCUACCUCUGGGGGGUGUCCCAGCAAGGACAGGUGUGGUUCAGAGAGGGCAUCAACCCUCGGGUCCCAGAGGGCUCUAGAUGGGAAGAAGUGGAAGUUCCCAAGGAGGUGGCUCAGUUAUCAGCUGGUCCUGGAGACCUGCUGUGGGCUUUACUGUGGGAUGGGAACCUGCUGGUCCGUACUGGGCUCAGUCUGGACAGCCCAACUGGCACAUCGUGGGUAGAGGUGGAAUCACCAGUAAAGGAGGUUGAAGCGCUUCAUGUGGCUGUUGGUGUCAGUGUGGUCUGGGUGGUCACUAAAGACUACAAGGUGUGGUUCAGGCGUGGCGUGAACUCUCACAAUCCCUGUGGCUCUGGCUGGAUCAGCAUUGGAGGGGAGAUGAUGAUGGUGGAUGUGGGACUUAACGACCAGGUGUGGGCAGUGGGUGAGGACCAUGGCCUUUAUUUCAGAAUGGGGGUGACUGCAUCCGAACCAAGUGGGAACGGCUGGAUUCCUGUUUCUGCCCAAUGGGGCAAUAAUAAAAAGGUUAUUCCACCCAGGGAUGAGUUUAGUGGUCAGCUGACUGAAGCCUCACAAGGCUCAGUUCUGAGCUGCGCUGGCUCAGACUCAGAGUUAGGCCCUACUGACCCUCAAAAGAGCACUAAUAACACUCCAGUCCUGGAGGCAGCAGCCUCUUCUGUAGUCCCAUUAGGGGGAAGCGACACAUCUACACCUCCCGUGGAAACGGAGGACGUUCCCUUUACCUCCCAACAGGAUGCCCCCAAACAUUUCAUCCCCACCAGUGACAGCUUCAUUAAUAGCCUGGUCUCAGACCGCGACAGAACUUCCACAUCACAGCCGUCCAUCACAGAGAUACCACAGGAGGAGGGUGAGGAACCGUCCCCAGCUCUGAUCCUCCCAACGCCUGAGGUUGGGGGACAUGACGUUCCCUGGAUGAACGUAGAUCUGGAGGGGGCACAGGUGGCAGCGUCUUCACUGGGCGAUGAAGGUGCUGCUGCCACCUACACACUGGGGACACUGGAAGCCUCUCAGGGUGUUGGUGAAGAGGACGGGCCAGUGUGGGCCGGGAUCUCUGGCGGAGGCUGCGAUGUGGACGCAAAUUCACAGAUCAGCUGGCUUAGUCCCACAGGUCCUCUCACCAGCUCUCUGUCGCUGACUCCAGUCCAGUCAGCAGCCUGGAGCAAGCAGCAGCAGCAGGAACACAGAGAGAUCAGCAAGAAACCGUUGGAGAGAAGCAACUCAGUGUGGGUGCGUAAAGGAACGCUGCGCUGGUGGAGAGACUGGAAGCCUCAGCGCUGGGUGGAUGUGGGUGUUGCUCUUGAGCAGUCCACCGGGUCUGAUGGUGCGAAAGACAGUAUUUUCUUUGUCUACUACACACAGUAUGAUGAGAAAAAGUAUCUUCAUGUGUUCAUUAAUGAAGUGACAGCACUGGUUCCAGUGCUCAGGGACUGCCACUAUGUCUUUGCUGUAUACACAGCCCAAAGGACCAAGCAGAGGUGGCCUCUGGUCCUGGCAGCACAAACUGACAAGGACAUGAACGACUGGCUGUGUCUGUUGUCUGACUGUUGCUGUGAGUGUCAAGGCAUCACAGGCUCCCCGUCCAGACAGGCUCUGUGGUCCACCACCUCAAAGGGAGACAUCAUGGUCCAUGAGCCGUCCUUCACCUUAGAGGCUUCUGCAAACACAUUGGCCUCUGACCUCAUGUUCUGGCGACAGGUUCCGGGACACCUGCGCUGUGUAGAGUCUAACAGUCUGGGGCUGGUGUGGGGCAUCGGGUGGGACGGCACCGCCUGGGUCUAUGGGCACUAUGAGCAACAGCCCACUCUGGGAGACGGCGUUCAGAUGCACCAGCAGACUGAUGUCAGGAGUAUACAUGUGUAUGAGAAUCAAAGAUGGAACCCUAUGACAGGAUAUACAGACAAAGGACUUCCCACAGAUCGCCCUAUGUGGAGUGAUGAGAGUGGACUGAAGGAAUGCACCAAAGGCAACACACAUCCACCAUCCCCUCAGUGGUCCUGGGUGUCAGAGUGGGCUGUGGACUACAACGUCCCUGGAGGAACAGAUAAAGAAGGCUGGCAGUACGCUGCAGACUUCCCUGUCACAUUUCAUGGCCACAAAACCAUGAAAGACUUUGUAAGGCGCAGAAGAUGGACAAGGAAGUGUAAGAUCACAUUGAGAGGUCCAUGGCAGCAGGUCCCACCCAUCCCACUGAGUGACGUCACUCUGAUGCCGUGUCUGGCUCAAAGCAGGAUGGAGCAGGUACCUGUCUGGGCCCUCAGUGACAAGGGAGAGGUCCUGUGUCGGCUGGGAGUCAGCCCCCAGAACCCUGCGGGCAGCUCCUGGCUUCAUAUAGGCACAGACCAGCCCUUUAAGUCCAUCUCCAUCGGUGGAGCCAAUCAGGUGUGGGCCAUUGCCAAGGAUGGAGCCGUGUUCUACAGAGGAUCAGUGUCCCCACAAAGCCCUGCAGGGGAAUGCUGGUACCACAUCCCUUCUCCUUCAAGGCAGACCCUCAGACAACUGUCUGUGGGUCGGACCUCUGUCUUUGCUGUAGAUGAAAACAGUAACCUGUGGUACAGACAGGGCCUCACACCCAGCUACCCUCAGGGCUCCGCCUGGGAGCUCAUCUCUAACAACGUCACCAAGGUUUCUGUGGGUCCACAGGACCAGGUAUGGAUCAUAGCAGAACGGGUUCCUGGCUUCCCCGCUGAGACUCCUGGAGCUGUCUGCCACAGGCUGGGGGUGGGACCCAUGCAACCCAAGGGCCAAUCCUGGGACUAUGGUAUAGGGGGAGGAUGGGAGCAUGUCAGUGUGAGGGGGAACUCAGCUGAGGCUCCUCGUGCCCCCCAUGCUCCACCUGCUGGACCCCCACGCAGCCCGCUCCCACCGCGGCCUCCAACACAGGUGAACGGGAGUGCUGUAGGGGUGUAGCGCCCACUCAUCUUCUCCUCCCCACCCGUUUGUGCCUGGAUCUAUAUUUGUCUCCUUCGUUCUUUCCCAUUGGCUCUUAUCCCUUCAUGUAAAGGGAAUGCACAAUCACCCCCCUGAGUUUCUAUCUUGCGUCCCUUAUUUUAUCAGUCCUCACUCAACCUGGAAGUUGUUCUGGUCUGCUAUGAUGAGAGAAAUCCCAAAGCUCUUAUUUCUCCUCUGAGGAGCCAGGAGGCCGAUGGAGGAGUUAUAACUGAGGAUACAUGAGUGCAUCCUUUGUGAAAGUCUGUUACAGAUUGACACACCCCUUUAUCAGAAAUCAGAGGAAAGGACGUCUCACGUCAGUUAAAACCCAAUGGUUAAAAUGUGUUUCCUCAUUCCUUGCUCCUCGCAGUUUGGGUACAUUGUCUUGUCUCUUAUAAGAACAUUCCUACAUCCUUGGUCGACCCGGAAGUUGUUCUGGUCGACCUAGGAUGUAGGAUGUUCCAAGUCUCUUACAUCAGCUCUGAGGACCGAGAAGUGAGGACGGUGCUGGAGGGGCCAUGACCGAGGAUACAUGAGACCAUCCUUCACAGAUGUUUUGUGAACUGACGCACCUCUUUAUCAGAAAUCAGUUUGACUGGAUGAGUCACAUGAAGGAUUUGUCAUGUCAGUUAAAACAUGUUUCCUGGUUCAACUCUCCUUGCAGUUUCUCCUUGCAUCUUAACAUGGGCUGGCCUAAGACACAAGGAAAACAUGCAAGUGAGGGAAAAUUCGCCUCCUGUAAGAAAUCAUGUCAGUGUGCACUGAUGGUGAGAGAGAAAAGGAAGCACAAGAGCAUUUAAGCAGGAUGGAUGUUCACGUCUUGUGGGAUGAAAAUGCAUGUGUUUGCUCUUAUUUGGAUUUGGCUACUGGGUGUUCUGGGAUCUAGCAAUAGCUUUUAUUCUUGUAUUCAAUAUUCUGUGAAAACCUAACAGGGUGGGACUUUGAUUAAGGGCUAAGGCUUGGGUACCAAACUAACAUCUCUUCAAACACACAGUCUCACUGUAGUCUAAAUCGUGUUGGUUUCUUGAAUCUUGUUUUGUUUUUGUGUCUGAUUUGCCUGUAAUUCAUUUGCAUGUGAUUUCAGUUAUUUAUUAUGCAUUUUCCUUUCUCUACAGGUUUUGGCCUGUUAUACUGUACGUUUGCAAUGGAGUGUUUUUGGCCCAUAUUGCUAUGACAAGCCUUCCUAAUAUUGAUGGGCUUUUUCAAAAAAAAAAAACUGGCAAAAUUUGAGAUAUUCAUACUGUAGGAAAAUAUACUGGUCUUUAAUAACAGUUGACUGCAUUGAAAAACAUAAAAGAUUAAUCCACAUCACCAGGUAAUACCUCUCUAUCUUCCUGCAAUAAGUUCUUCCAGUUAUUAUAAUUAUCCACGUUAACUGCUGACUGACUGACUGUUGAAACUGCACAGCAGGUCUGAAUGUCACCGUGACUGGACAUUCGUUGUACAAGGGCAUUGAAAUGUGAAAUAAAAGUCUAAAAAUAU